AUGAGGCCUGUGAUCCUUUCAGGGUGGUUGACUGCCCUUUUUACCUGUCUUCUCGUUCAAAAUGCCCUCGCUAUUGACGUCAACCCUGAUGACGAGAGCUCCCUCAAAGAUGCUGCCAAGACCGUGGCCUCCGCCAUGAUAGAUUUCUACAAUGACCGCGACUCGAAAGACAUUCCAGGUAAAAUGGACGGUACCUGGUGGGAGGGAGGUUCGAUGUUUAUGACCCUCAUCCAGUACUGGUAUCUGACAGGCGACAGCCAGUUCAACGACGCUAUCCAGGAAGGGAUGUAUUGGCAAAAGGGCGAGGACGACUUUUUCCCCAGCAACUACUCCCAGUACCUUGGUAAUGACGAUCAGGUAUUUUGGGGCUUAGCGGCGAUAACUGCCGCUGAAGUGAAUUUUCCAGAAAGAGAAAAUGAACCCUCAUGGGUCUCUUUGGCCGAGGGUGUCUUCAAUGGACAGAUUCCUCGCUGGGACAUGAGCAGUUGCAGUGGGGGUUUGCGAUGGCAGAUAUGGCCCUACCAGAAUGGCUAUGGGUUGAAGAAUGCUAUCUCCAAUGGGGGCUUGUUCCAGCUUUCAGCACGUCUCGCCCUAUAUACCAAGAACUCGACCUAUGCUGAGUGGGCUGAGAAAAUUUGGGAUUGGAGUGCGUCUACGCCGCUAUUAAGAAAAACUUGGGUUAUCGCCGAUACCACUUCUACCGCUGCAAAUUGUAAAGAUCACGGUGAUCAUCAAUGGACUUACAAUUAUGCUACGUAUAUCUCCGGUGCGGGAUAUAUGUAUAACUACACCAAUGGCACCGAAAGCAAAUGGCUAGAAGGCGUGACUGGACUAAUGAAGACAUCUGAUCAAUUUUUUCCCGAUUCCGGUUCAAACCAAGUCAUAUCUGACAUUACCUGCGAGCCAAUCAAUAAGUGUGAUCGAAACCAGAAAACAUUCAAAGCCUAUUUUACUUCCUGGCUUGGAUUCAUGUCACAGAUAGUACCGGCCAAUACCACGGCAGAAAUGAUGGCAAAAUUCAAGAGCUCCGCUGUCGCUGCCGGUCAACAAUGCUCUGGCGGAAGCGAUGGAAAGCAUUGUGGAAUUCGCUGGACGAAGAAGGCAGAAUGGGAUGGAACUUUAGGUCUGGAGCAGCAGAUGUCUGUUUUGGGUGUUCUUAACGCUGUCAUGGUUCCAUUCAAGGCCGAGGGUCCCUACAACACCGACAACGGUGGAACAUCCCAAAGUAACCCACAUGGAGGUACCAAUACCAAGGAUAGUUUGGGGCCUGAGCCUAUCGAGACAGGCGACAAGGUUGGCGCGGGGAUAUUGACAGCGGUAUUUGUUAUAGUCUGGGUCGGGGCUGUAUCUUGGAUGGUUAAAGGCCAAUAG